GUGAUGAGAACCGUACUUUUAGUAAAAGGACAAAUUAUUUGUCUUAGAGGUUAGGGUUAAGUAAGUUCGUAAAGCAACUCCCAAAUCUCUCGUAAGCCAGUCUGCGUCCGCCUCUCCCCUGCGACCCAGUGAGCGACCACCGGAUACUGCGCUGCCUUACCGUCCGCGGCACCGGAAAAACUUUGAUUUCUCAGAUUUAUGGAUUUCGAGAAAUAUCUGGAUAAGUAUAGCAACGUGUCAAGAGGGGAGCUUCAAAAGAUUAGAGACUGUUGUCAUAGUGAUGAAAGGAUGGUUAAGUUGAAAUUAAAAUAUCUUCAUGAGAAUAGGGAGAAGGAGAAAGAAGAGGGCAGACCAUCGCUUGAAGCAGGACCUUUAGUGCAUGUACUUUCCAUGAGCAUCCGAUCUAAAAAGGAUGAAAACAAACCCCUUUCGGUUUAUGGUAAGAUCUGGGUUGAAUAUAAAAAUGGUAAGAGAGGGGGAGUCGGACAUUUUAUUUACCACCGUGAGCGUGAAGAUGCUGAAAUUCUCAAGCGGGGUGGUAUGUUGACAUUAAACGGGCCUGAUUUUUCUUGUUGGCCUUAUCAUGCAUAUUUUCCAUUGUCUUGUAGUAGGGUAGAUGUCAAUCUCUCUGAUGGUGAUGACAAUAUAGUUGCAAGUAACAACUUUAGUUUAGAUGAGAUUGCAGUUGAAGAUGAGUUUGAAAGAGUGAAGUCUUUGGUGAUUAGUUGUGAACAAGGAUUGCUUGUGGUGGACUAUAUUGCGAUUCCCUUAGGUGUUUAUUGUCGCAUUGAGUUGAUAUUUCAUAACAGAAAAGAUUCUUUAAAGCAAGAAUCUAUUGAUGUUAAUGGGAAAGUUGUGGUUCGAUAUGCGAACACUUAUGGGACCUAUUCGGGUGAGGAGUGCGUUAUUUUUGAGAAACAAAGUAAUGAAUUUGAGCGUGUUGAAAUUAGUAAGCGUAAACCUAUGCAUCUUUCUAGAUGUUGGGUGGCUUUGCCUGCGUACUCGUCCCUUGUUGUUAGCUGUGAUUUAUCCGAAUUUGGAACUGGUCGGAAGGUUGUAAGUGAUAAGCUAGAGUUGUUAGCUCAACCGGGAUUGUUGUUUGGUGAUUCAUUUGUGUUGGAUGAUUUAAUUAUUCAUGUGCGGGUGGCAUGGUUCUCACCUAAACCAUUGGGACGAUGUUGUAGAAGUGACCAUUUUCAACAUCAGUCUCCUGUUAAUGUUUCGUCAUUAGUCAUACCCACUACACAAGGAAGAGAGGAAGAAGACAUCUAUAGAGACACAGAAGAUGAGCGUUCAAAUAGCUCCUCAGAGAUAGAAGAGAUGGACACUGAGGGAGAGCAUGAGUCUUCAUCCAGCCUCAACAUUCCUUGGGGUGAGCUACGUCCUCACAAGAACACUCCAUGGCCCUCUCCUGCUGUGGAGAUAUUUUCGGUGUUUAUUGGUCGAGAAAAGUUGAAGGCAGUAAAGGUCUACGGUUCAAUUGAAGUUUUAUCGAUUUGUGAUAUCUUUAAGAGGAGUGAAAGUGAUGCUUUAUUGUUGUCAGACAACAUGAAAUCUAUGCCUAUAUUGGUCGGCUCUCGACUUUAUGAGGACUUCGAUUCAUUGGAAAUGGAGAUUAACAUUGAAGAUGUUGAUGGCCAUCUAGCCAUUAAAGGACAUGUAAAAUGGGCAGCGUCUGUUCUUGACAGUUCUACAUGGUUUGACAAGCAACUGUCCUCUGUGAUUCAAGGCCGGAAUGGAUUUGCAUCAGUGCAUUAUUCCAUUUUUUCAGAAGCUGUUGCUGCUAAUGUCAAGGCUUCACUAAAACUCAAAAUACCAUCACCUUAUCCUAAGAAUGUAUAUGGGAGUCUUAAUGCUCAGUACAGCUGCUUUGAUUACUCAUCACGCUUUACACAAGAUCGUUACCGGAGUGUGCUAUUCAAAAGGACUCAAGACGAUUCUAUACUCGUGCAUGUUGAUGAGACAGUCCUCCCGCUCUGUAGACCGAUGGUUGUCGUGCCUAUUUAUUCAUCCCUCGUCAUUGAUGUAGAUCUGUCAAUUGGAACACACAGCCAGAAGUUAUUAUCAUGUACUACAAAUAUUGAGAUUAGUGAAGGCUUCAGGACCAUAGAAACCAAUGAGUGCAUUCUUAAUAUUGAAGUAGAGUGGUGCGAAGUUAAGUAAGUCUGUGUUGUACGAAAGCUUGUAAUAUGCUGCAAGAGGAGUUAACUAUUCUGCAGUUAUUAUUAGUUCAUUUUGUCGUAGUUGGUUUAUUAUAACUUAGCCGCACAGCUUAUAUUGUAGUGUUAUUAGAAACCCAACGACCAUAUUUGCAAUGUGAAAUGACUGUUGAUA